UAAUAUUAAUAAAAAAUAUUAUCUAUAAAAAAAGAAUAUUUUAUUUAUCUACAUUUGAUAAAUAUAGAUUGUUUUUCUAAUUAUUCAAUAGAUGGUAUAAUGGUAUAAAUUUCAGACAUAUUCUAACCUCUAUUAUUAAGUUGACUUAUACUUACAGAAGAUUUUCUGUGAUAUAAAAAAAAUUAUAUAUAUAUACAUAAAUAUUUAAAAUCAUGUUUUUAACCAAUAUUUUAUUAAAAAAAAAUAAAAGCAAAAAAAUUUUAGUAUUAGUAGAAAGUAUAGCAAGUGGUCACAAGCUUGUAAGAAUUCGAGACAGAGUGGCUGAUAAAUUGGAAGAAAUAUAUUUUGAUCCUUAUGUUCAAGCUAAAGUACUCUAUCGAGAAAUGAAGAAAAUUAAAAGUUUAUAAAUGUUAAUUUAUAACAUUUUAAUGGGUGAUUUUAUAUAUAUAUAUAUAUAUAAAACAACAUAUAAUUUAUUUAAUAAAUAUAUAUAAAC